AUGACGCUCCCCCAGGUCCGGGCCCGCGACUGGGUGGCAGCGGCCAAAACUGCCCAGAGGCGCCACCGAGCGGAGGGUGCGGCAGUACCCCCAAGUCCGAAAGCUCGGAGACAGAGCGCGGCGCUGUACGUCCACUGGCCGUACUGCAAGAAGCGCUGCAGUUACUGCAACUUCAACAAGUACAUACCCCGCGGAGUGGAGGAGGCGGCCUUCCGGAGCUGUCUGGUGACUGAGGCUCGGACACUGCUGCAACUCAGCGGGGUGCGGCGGAUAGAGUCUGUGUUCUUUGGUGGGGGCACUCCCAGCCUGGCCAGUCCCCACACUGUGGCUGCAGUUCUGGAGGCAGUGGCUCAGGCAGCCCACCUGCCCUCAGAUGCAGAGGUCACGUUGGAGGCCAACCCAACUUCAUCCCCAGGCUCCAGGUUGGCAGCAUUUGGGAAAGCAGGGGUCAACAGGCUGUCCAUUGGCCUCCAGUCCCUGGAUGACACUGAGCUCCAGCUGCUGGGCCGGACACACUCGGCCAGCGAUGCUCUGCGGACACUGGCGGAGGCCCGGCGCCUCUUCCCUGGGCGUGUCUCUGUGGACCUGAUGCUAGGGCUCCCAGCACAGCAGGUGGGGUCGUGGCUAGGACAGCUGCAAGAGCUGCUACGCCACUGUGAUGACCACAUCUCCCUCUACCAGCUGACCCUGGAGCGGGGCACUGCACUCUUUACUCAGGUCCAACAGGGGGUGCUACCUGCCCCUGACGCUGAGCUCUCUGCUGAGAUGUAUCAGAAAGGACGGGCAGUCCUUCGGAAAGCUGGCUUCCGCCAGUAUGAGGUCUCCAACUUCGCCCGGAAUGGGGCGCUCAGUACCCACAAUUGGCAGUACUGGCAGUGUGGCCAGUAUCUUGGCAUUGGGCCUGGGGCCCAUGGGCGGUUUCUGCCCCAGGGGGCCAGGGGCCACUGCCGGGAGGCUCGGAUCCAGACCCUGGAGCCAGACAACUGGAUGAAGGAGGUGAAGCUAUGUGGUCACGGCACCCGGAAGCGGGUACCCCUGAGCGAGCUGGACCUACUGGAGGAAGUUUUGGCCAUGGGGCUACGGACAGAUGUAGGGAUCACUCACCAGCACUGGCAGCAGUUUGAGCCUCAGCUGACCCUGUGGGAUGUGUUUGGGACAAGCCAGGAGGUGAAGAUACUGCUGGAGCAGGGUUUCUUGCUACUGGAUCACAGGGGUCUUCGGUGCUCCUGGGAGGGUCUAGCUGUGCUGGAUUCUCUGUUACUGAGCCUCCUGCCUCAACUCCAAGAAGCCUGGCAGCAGAAACCCACUCCCUAGUGCCGGAAGGAUGAC